AUGGGCAACUGGAUCAUUAAUCAUGGACUGACAUACUUCAUACUGAAGACUACAAUAUUCCCAAUCCUGCUGUUUAGGUCAUAUUUUCCUGGCUGGAUUUACAUCAACAUAUUCAUUUUCGUCUGGUUCUACUUCUUGUACGACUUGGGGGAUCGGUUUUUCUACACGCGACACCUUUUAGGGUCUGUAUUGGCGUGGGCCAGAGCCCCUGCAGCCGUCCUCAACUUCAACUGCCUGCUGAUUCUGCUGCCUGUGUGUCGGAACCUGCUGUCUCUUGUCCGCGGCUCCUUCGUGUGCUGUGGGCGAACUUUGAGGAAACAGCUGGACAAAAAUAUCAGUUUCCACAAGCUGGUGGCCUACAUGAUUGGCCUGAUGACAGCGGUUCACAUCAUUGCCCAUUUGCUGAACGUGGAGCGGUACUACAACAGUUGGCAUGGAGAGUAUGAUGCCCUCAGCAUGGCCCUGUCCAGACUUAACGACUCGGGCAACACCACCUACCUGAACCCAAUCCGCUCUACAACCACUACUCCGAACCUCCUGGUGUUCACCACCAUCGCAGGGAUCACGGGCGUAAUCAUCACGCUGGCACUCAUCCUUAUGAUCACCUCGUCCAUGGAGGUCAUCAGGCGCAGCUACUUCGAGUUCUUCUGGUUCACACACCACCUCUUCAUUGUCUUCUUUGCUGGGCUGGUCAUCCAUGGAGCCGGACGCAUAGUUCGAGGUCAAACAAACGCCAAUCCACCAUAUAAUAUCACCUUCUGUAAAGAUCAUAUAGAAGACUGGGGGAAGAAAAAGAUGUGUCCCGUCCCUCAGUUUGCAGGGGGGUUCCCACAGACCUGGAUGUGGGUGAUCGGUCCCAUGGUCCUCUAUGUGUGUGAGCGCUUGCUGCGCUUCAUCCGCUACAUUCAGGCUGUCAAAUACAGAAAGAUAGUGAUUCGGCCGUCCAAAGUACUGGAACUGCAGCUGGUGAAGAAUGGUUUCAAAAUGGACGUGGGCCAGUACGUCUUCCUCAACUGCCCAGCCAUCUCCCAGCUGGAGUGGCACCCCUUCACCAUGACCUCUGCCCCCGAGGAGGACUUCUUCAGCGUGCACAUUCGCUCUGUAGGUGACUGGACCCAGAAACUCAUCAGCAUCGUGGAGCAGCUCCCUGAGGGGGCUCAGGGACCGAAUGAGGAUGUGUUUGACUACGAAGUCGCCAUGCUGGUUGGCGCUGGAAUCGGAGUCACCCCCUUCGCCUCCAUCCUCAAGUCCAUCUGGUACAAAUUCAAGGACUCCAACCCCAAGCUACGCACCAGAAAGAUCUACUUCUAUUGGCUGUGCAGGGAGACGCAUGCAUUCGAGUGGUUUGCAGAUCUGUUGCAGGUGCUGGAGAGGGAGAUGGAGGAGAGAGGCAUGGGAGACUUCCUCACCUACAAACUCUACCUCACUGGAUGGGAUCAGAGCCAUGCAACUCAUGUGAUGGUUCAUGUGGAUGCGGACACGGAUGUGGUCACUGGUCUGAAGCAGAAAACCAACUACGGCAGGCCGAACUGGGAUAAGGAGUUUGAACAAGUGUGCCAAGAGAAUCCGACGUCAGUGGUGGGCACGUUCUUGUGUGGCCCUGUGGUCUUAGCUACCGUCUUGUCAAAGAAAUGUGUCAAAUACACGGACGUCGAUCCCCGAAAGACCAAAUUCUACGUCAACAAGGAGAACUUCUGAGCAAAACAAUGUCUAAUCUGCCCCCCAACCAAAGCUGGCUCUUUGGUCUUCCAAAAUGUUUGCAAAGAGUUGUUUUUAAAACUAUUCAUCUGGGAGCUUCUUUAGUGGUGCAGCGGUACUUCUGGCCGGGAUUUCCUUGUUCCAUCGCGCUCUAGUGACUCCUUGUGGUGGGCCGGGCGCCUGCAAGCUGACUUUCGGGUUAAGCGAGCAGCGUGUCAAGAAGCAGUGCGACUCGGCAGGGUCAUGUUUCGGAGGAUGCAUGGCUUUUGACUUCACCUCUGAGUCCGUAGGGGAGUUGCAGCAAUGGGACAAGACUAUAACCAAAUGGAUAUCAAGAAAUUGAGGGGGGAAGAUAUAUUUUUUUACAAGAAUCUGAACAUGACAGAUGCUGUAGAAUAUA